AUGGAUGAUAUGAGUCGCAUACUAUUCCUGCUAAAUGCAUCAUCAAGUCGGGAUUUGACUGAUGCAGAGCAGGAAUUUUUUGACGAAAAUUAUGGUCGAGUUAUGGAUGAAGAAGUUGAUGAAGGAGAAAGAGUUCAUGAAAAUAACUCUGAAGACGACGACAGUGAUGAUGGUGCAGAUUUCUCGGAUGCUGAUGAUCCGAACUACGAGCCAAACGAAGCUUUGCUUGACUUACGCGUCCAGCAGGUUGGGUUUGAUAUGGAGGAAGAAGCUGAAGUGGAACUGCAACGACAGCAAGGAACUCGCCGUGAGGAGGAGGUUGAAAGUGAGCCUGCUAACCCCAAUCGAGGAAUGCGGUAUACGGCCCGAAAUAUGAAAUUCAAUGACAUUUGGUGGUCAAUGCCAGAUGAAAUAGAAAAAAGAAGAGCAAAUCGAGAUCGCAAUGAACGCUUGAUUCAUGGGGGUGGUACAUGUUCGAAGACAUUUUCUUCUAAAGCUGAUUGUUUCAAGUCAUUGGUGACUCCAGCCAUUGUGGAAAACAUAGUCUUGGAAACAAAUAGAAAAGCAAAAAGAGUGUAUGAAGAAAAUCGAUUAUCAAACGAACCUAAGGUAAUGCGUCGGUGGUAUGAUACAACUGAAGAUGAGAUCUUUGCCUACAUUGCCAUACUGCUGUACGCUGGAGCUGAAAAAGCUUAUGGUGUAGAGGCAAAGGAUCUUUUCCAUGAGAGUAAUAUGGCCUUUUACCGUGCAGUUAUGUCCUUAGAGAGGUUUGAGCAAAUAAGCAGAUUCAUUAGAUUCGAUGACGGAAGAUCCCGAACUUUUCGACUCCAAAGUGAUAAGCUAGCUGCGUUUAGGCAUGUGUGGAAUUUGUUUCAAAGUAACCUCAUUAGUUGUUAUCAACCUUCGAAAGAGCUUACCAUCGAUGAACAACUCGUUGGCACAAGGGGAAGAUGCCCAUUCAAAAUGUACAUGCCCAAUAAGCCUGGGAAAUAUGGAGUAAAAAUAUUUUGGAUUGUGGAUGCUAAAACCAACUACCCUCUCCAAGGAGAAAUAUAUGUUGGCCAACAACCCGGUGAAAAUCGAUCUGAGGGAAUAUCUCAUCAACUCGUGAUGCGACUAGCGGAAAAGUAUCUGGACAAGGGUUAUAACAUAACGACGGAUAAUUAUUUCACCUCUGUACCAUUAGCCUUGAACUUGAUGACAAGAAAAACAACAACAGUCGGCACAAUAAAAAGCAAUAAGCCGCAACUACCUAAGUUAUGCAAGCAACACAAAAAAAAUGUACUUAUGCUUUCUACAACUCAUCAUGAGGACAAAAUAGAUGAAGCAACACAAAAACCAGAAGUCAUCAUAGAUUACAACUCAACAAAGGGCGGGGUUGAUACUUUGGACCGAAUGGUGACCGUAUACACCUGUAAGCGAAAAACUAACCGUUGGCCGGUAACGGUAUUCUAUAAUCUGUUGGACUGUGCUGGUGUUGCUGCUUACAGGUUGUUUGACAUUUGUCAACCCACAUGGUAUGUAAGCAAGAAAAGAUCCGAUAAGAGAAAAAGGUUUUUGAAAGAACUAGCCUUAGAGCUUGCGGCCAAGCAUUUACAAAAUCGAAUCGCCAAAACAACGCUUCAAACAAAAGUGAAGACAGCCAUGAAACUCAUAGGUUACGAGAUUCAAACAGUAACUAUGUUACCCACAUCCAGACCAAAUACUCUAAAACAACGCUGCGAAGUUUGUAAAGUUAUAAAAAAAGAUAACAAGACUACAGCAGUUUGCGAUUUAUGCUAUACAGCUACAUGCACAAAGCACUAUGUAAGAGUGUGCGAAAAAUAUUAUGUGGCUAAAGAUGGCCAUGGUGACGAAGAUGAAGAUGGUGGCACUUUUCUACCUUCGACCUCUGCGGGACAAUCAGAAAAACGGCGAAGAACACACAGUCCAACUUAA